AUGUCGAACUGUACUAGUAUACAAGACAGUAUGUUCGAGACAAUUGACCUGACAGCGGUUCGGGUCGUGUUUUGCGUGCUUUACUGCUUGGUAUGGGUAGCAGCCAUCGUCGGUAACACACUUGUUCUCUACGUGGUCUCGUUCAAUCAGGUGUCACUAUCAGUACGUAGCGUGUUCAUCGGAUGUUUGGCCGUGUCCGAUAUGUUGAUGUCGCUCACUUCUCUUCCAUGGACAGCGGUCACCAUUUUCACCAGAGAAUGGAUAUUUCCUGCACCGAUCUGCAAGCUGAUUGGUGUAUUCCAGGGAGGCAGCAUAUUCGUGUCAAGUUUCACGCUCACUGUCAUCGCAUUGGAUCGAUGUCUGUUGAUUCUGAAGCCGAACAAGGAGAUGAUCGGCUACAAUCGAGCAGUGGCGAUCGUUGUGGCCAUUUGGGUCUGUGGGUAUGCGCUUGCCUUACCUGUCGGCAUAUUCUCAAGAGCUGUCAGUUACGACGAACUUUGCGGUGUUUUCUGUGAAGAAAUCUGGCCAGAUGCGAUGGAAUCAGGCCGGUCUGCGGGUCGUCGGCUCUACGGUCUUUCAGUACUGCUGUCACAGUUUGGUGUUCCGGCUUUGAUAUCAUCCGUGUGCUACUGGCUUAUCAGUCAAGUGAUGUCGUCACAAUUGGAACGACGUCGAGGUCACACACUCCUCAAAGAGUCUGAGGAGAAGCUCGUGAAUAGAAAAGCUCGCGCUAAU